UUAAAAAAUAUAACGAGACUUGGUAUUUACUUUCAACCGAAGUUCAUCAAUUUUUAACUUAUAAGUAUCUAAUUUAAUUUGAUAUUAUGCUUCGACGAGUCUAGACAAAUAUUAAAUAUGUCAGCAGCGUCUGAAGUUAAUCUAAAGCAGACUUUAAGAAAAAUAGAGUAUCCCUUGUGUGCCAAAGAGGCCUUAAAUAAAAUAGUCGAGUUAGUAUGCAGUCGAAUAACGAGCAUAAAACACAUGGAUCUGGCUUUAGAUUUAAUGGCGGAAUUUAUAUUUUACGAAGUAGAUAGAAGAGGAAAUAAGAGGACUCAAGGUUUAACUCCAUUACUUGAACUGCAGCUUCUGGAAAUACUAUUUGAAUAUUUUAAUAGCAUCCCAAGCGAGUCGGCAAGAAACACGGUUUUCUUAUCUUUAUUUAGCGGAACUACAGCCUCAAUUAGGUUAGGAAUAUUGAGCAAACUGGUUUCAGUGGCAGUUGGCAUUCCUUCACCAACGAUAUUGAUGAUGGCAAGCGUGUGGAUGCAACAGUUGGGAAAUACAUCUGUAAAUUGUUGUAAAUUAGCCGAGACGUUAGUUCAGGAUUAUUUUUAUUUUUCCCCGGACUCUACAGAGAGAUUAAAGAAUCUACCUAGCAUUUCUCCACAAUUUACAGCCAAUCUAAUGACUGCCAUGUCCGAGAACUAUUUUGCCGUAUCGAAGAGGGAGCUUUUAUUCCCUCCCAAGAAUUUGUUAGAGAUAAUUACUUUCUGGAUUUCCAACAACUGCAGUUUGUGCAUAGCAGCCCAACAGAGGCAAGCAGUUUUGCCUCCCGGUGCCAUCGCGAUGGAAGCGACGACUCCGAUCGCGGGUUUAUUGAAAUGGUGCAUCUUAGCCCCCAUAUAUAAACAAGACGUCAAUUUAUACAGCCAGCUGCAUUUGGCUUUGCUUAACGGCUUUCUCGAAAUACCGAGGGUCGCACCUCCGAAAGCCGUAUACGCUCAACAUUUAGCGCAUCCCAUUAACCCGAUAUUGGCGUACGUUAACGACUUGAAAAAUAAACAGGAGUUAAAAUUGGAUCAGAUACUGAACGAGGAUUGCUUGCAAUUAUCCCUCGACAGGUUCGCGCAGGCCAUACAAGUAGCGUAUUCCGUAAACGCCAUAUACGGACACGUGGACGACCUCUUCAGCCAGCUUAAACUGCUUCCUUUCAAUAAGUUGCUCAGCAUUGUUAUUAGCACGUAUAAACAGAAUAAAAUUAUUAUUUUGUAAAA